AUGUAUUAUAAUGUAAAAAAUUAUAGAGGACGUCAUGUUAUGCCGAAUUGGGCAUUUUGUAUUGUAGAUACAUCCUACAAGUCAGCCUUGAGAUACGUUACUUUGGUUGAUGACAGGACGUCAAAUACUCUAUUGAGAAUUUUUUCAGAAGUAAUUGUUACAGCAAGUACAGUUUUUUCUGGCGAGUGGAGAGAAUAUCUUGCUUUUUCUAAUAGUUCUGAUUUUGAGGAUAAAACCGUAUGUUAUAAGUAUAAUUUUGUAUCCCCCGUAGACGGUACACAUACUCAGAACGUAGAAUCUUAUAAUAAUCGACUUAAAUUAAAAGUAUGA